AUGUAUAUUGCGUAUUUCGCACGGGUGGUCUUUACAAUUGUGCCAUCAUGUUUAGCUGUCAGUCAUGUGCACGAGUUGGCAGACUUGUGCUCCUUAUCAUUAGAGGAGGUUCACGAAUGGGUUUCUGGUCUCAAAAGUCUGAAUGUGCUCCCAAGUGGCUCGCCUGAAAUUGUAUUUGAGGAGCCCGUCGCCAGUCUUAUGCGGCCUCCAGUCAAAGCGUUGAGUGAAAAUGGUUACCAUCACCUUGCAAAGAAGCAGAAGAACCCCGAUCUCUUACGGAAGCCUAACGUGGAGACAGGGGUGACGAGGAAAGUGUUAAUAAAGAUCGAGAAUGGAAUCAUGCUUCCUUGGGGGCUGGUUGUCAAUAUGACGCAUCGGUUUGAGCUUGGAUAUUUCAAUGAGCUGCAAUGUCUUGAAUACGGACCGCGGUUAGGAAUUGAUCGGGGUACGUGCAGGAGUCGGCCUCCCGACAUGUUGUCGUACCUGAAACCUGCAAAGCCGGGCAUGCAGUUCAGGUGUAAUCAUGCUGGCAGCAUCGUCAGCGUUGCUGAAUCAAUGUACCACGACUUUCACCAUUUUGUUGUAUACACUUUACCGCGAUUGCUAUGGCCAGCAGUCCAGGAGAUACAGUACCCUGCGGAAGUGCUCUGGAGAUUCAGACGUGAGCCAUACCUCAAACACUGGUUGGAUGCACUUGGCCUGUCAUGGAGGAGCUUCAUUACGUUCUAUGGGAACGCGGGCUUGCUCUUCAAUACGUUAUACAUGCCGCUCUGGCUAGGCUUCGACCACGAACUUACAGACGAUUGCCCCGCGUUCGUGCCUGAGCAAGAUUUGCGCACAUUGCAGCGUUCUGUCCCAGAUCGUGUUUUUCAGGUUGCGACAGAUUCAUCACCGUAUUUCUUAUUACUGGACCGCCACGAAACAUCUCGACGAAAAUUGAAACAGUGGGUUCAAGUCUUGAAUAUUGCAAUGGACGCAGUGAAUGCUCAUCCGGCAAGCGACAUGCAGGUCGCAAAUCUUCGGAGUGCCCCUCAAGAUGAUAAGCAAGCCUAUGAGUUGACCAUUGCGAAGAGAGCUCCACAGAAGGGCGAGUCGAUCAAUCCAGGGAAACAGUUAUCUUUGAUUCAAGUUCUAACGACGUUCGCACGGGCCCAUGUGGUAUUGGGUGCCCAUGGGGGUUUGUGGGUGCACACAAUUUUUUGCCCCAGUGGUAUCAACGUGGUUGAGCUCAACACUGUCGAUACCAUUGAGAUGUACAACUACCAUAUCGCAUCUGUAUUUGGUUUUCAAUAUUGGAGCCUGCUGGCAGAAGGCAACCACAAUUCCGAGUGGCUUGUUGUUGACAUGGAGGCUCUCAAGGAUGUGGUGUCCCAUAUUGUCAGCCAUAAUGGGGAAGCUCCAGAGAUAGAAGCAGCUGCGGACACCUCGGAGCCCAAGCCUCAGCUACAGAACGCGAACCAACAGGAGCAAUCCGAUCCUAUGGAAAGGAAAAAGAUGAAAGGAAGCAGGAGCGAGCGAGAGAGAGAGGCAGGCAGCAAUACUGCCACAAGUGUGUUUUACAUUUCUCCAGGUGUUGUAGUUGACCUUUAUCCGCAGGGCGUGUUUACGUGGCCUUGUGCAGAGCAAGGUUUCAAAGGAUGGCAGGUAUAUUUUGCACGGCUGCGGGUUGAUUCGGCCCGUAUUGGUGCUGUUGCCGCCGCAUUGCUUGGAGUAAAUGGCGUUCGCGAACUAGCCACUUCUGAUGUUGAGCCAGCGACAGAGUGGCGGCGCAAUUAUGAUUUCGCACCAAGCUUGGACAACAAUGCGAUCGUAUCGAUUCAUUGCGCCAUGGGGGAGAAUCAGAGGCCAGUGUACAUCCAGGACUCACACCGGCAAUUCUUCGACAUUCGUCACGUGGCUGGAUCUUCUGGCGUGCCGCAGCCAGUAUGUGGAGGCGUACGGUUUCUUCCUGGGGAUUGCGUGGCAUAUUUGCCGAGCACGAUACAUGCCGAUGUUCGAAUAUUACGGGGUGAAGGUGGAGGUCAGAUGAGCGACGAUUACACAGAGCGUGUGUGGACGUUUGCGGAUGCCUCUGCUAAUGUCGUCGAUGUGCAGGAUACGGAGGAAUGCGAAGACGAAAGUUGCCCAGACACGUAUGCAAUUCGCACGCCAUCUGGAAGUGUGUAUCGAGCAAGGCAGGAGAAACGCAAACUUUGGGAUAUCCUUUCAGCUUACCAUGUUGAGAAGAUCUACAUAAUUUCACUGCAGUCGAAUGCAGGAUCACGAGAAAAGGCGGCGACGGUUGUGUCGCAGCUCAUUGAGUUUGGCAUGGACCCAGAAUUCAUUGAUAUCUUCGAUGGUGUUGACGGUCAGAAGAUGGGCUAUGGUGGAUUAGACAAGUGUUGCCGCGUGCUCCCUGGAUAUCAGGACAGAAUUCUAAAGCGCAACAUAACACUCGGUGAGGCUGGUGCCACAUUGUCACACGUAAGUAUCCACCAGCAGUGCUACAUCCGCCUGCCUCUUUAUUGUAACGAUUCGUUGAAUUAUUGGGUUGUCUGUGGGCUAUGCUGGAGCACCUGUCAGGGCGUCUAG